AUGGAGGUUCACAUGCAGGCACAGGAGAAGAAGCUCUGCUCAGCUUCCAAGGCGUUGAAGAAGGCUCGAUCGCAGGUUCAGCAGCUAACAGCACAGCUGAGCCUCAAGGAUAUCGAACGUGCCCGGCUGGAGACGCAGGUGUCUCAAUUUCGAAGUCUUCUGGUCCAGAAGGAGCGGCGGUUGCACGAGGCACUCGAUGCGCUGGAGGGACUUAAGCCUCCCCCAGCUGGCCCAGGUGGCCUGGCCCUCAAGCUGCCUGAGGACUGCCGAUCAGCGCGGAGCGAGGACAUAGGAGGGCCCUGCGCAGAGGGCUGGGAGCAAGGCGCUGUGCUUGUGGAGCAGCUGACGCAGGCGCUACAGCAAGCGCAAAGGCAGCUGGCCGCACAAGCGAUGGAGCUAACAAUCUUGCGCCGGCGAAGAGAGCAGCUGGAGGCUGAGCUGGCGCAAAAGGCGUCUCGUGCUAGCAGCGAGCCAGAGGAGCUGAGCGUGGCCCCGCAAGGGCCAGAGGACGGUGCCGAGCAAGGCCGACGCACAGUCGAGGAUCACCUCAGACAGGCUCUGGCAUGGAAGAGGGGAGGGCGACCCUUCCAUCCGCACCUCGAGGUUUGA